UCGAUAAUAAUCGAGAGAUCGAUAUCGUUGUCUGCGUCGUCGAGUUAUAAACUCAAGUCAAGCGAUGGCCGUGUGGUAGCCGAAGGUCGGGAUGCGUUGAACGAUAUUAUCCGGUAUUUUAACAUUCAAGUGGACAAUCCGAUAUGUGUACUGAAUCAGGAAGUUUCCCGUAAUUUUCUGAAUACAAAAAACUCGAGAGACAAAUACCAGUUCUUUAUGCGGGCGACACUACUCGAAGAUAUGAAGAAUGAUUACGCAAACAGUGAAGAACAACGACUGUUGUCGGAACAGAAACUGAUGGACAAGAAAAAGAUAAUACCGAUGACAGCCAAAGACAUCGGGGAUUUGGAACGAAAAGUUAAAUUGUUUAAUCAAUUGGAGAAUCAGAGGGAAAAGUUUCUUCAGUUGAACAACGAAGCCAUUUGGUCACUGGUUUACGAACAAAAACAAUCGGUUGAUUUGGUUCGUAAAGAAGUGGAAAAAUUGGACAAACGAUUGGCAGCCGAACAGAAGAAGUUGACCGAAUCGACUGAACGAUUGGAUGAAUUGCGGCGAAAAGAGACCGAAUGUAUGGAACAGUCUAAUAGUUUGUUUGAAAAUACGAAUAAAGCAAACGAAGUAAAAGAUGAAUACAAACGGCGUCUUCAGGCCAUCAAAGAAGAACUUCAGGCGACUGAGGCCCGAGAUCGUGGACUGAGAACCGAUAUUAUUAGUAUAAACAAUGAUAUUAAGGCAUUGCAACUGAAAAUCGAAGAACUUGAACAACAAUACAGUAAUGAAAGUCAUACGAAACGUAAGUUAGAUAUACAGAAAUUGAGGGAAAAUAUCGACGAAUUAAACAUUAAAGAGCAGUCACUGGUCGACAGUAUUCAAGAGUUUAACGAAACGGUUCAACAAUUGACCGAAGAAGGUCUUCGGCAUACGCAAGACGAUCGUCAACUGAAAUCGAUGAUCGACGGCAAACGUUUGAAAGGUUCGCGUAAUGAUCGACUGAGUCAUUUCGGGCCACAGUUUUCCGAACUGGUCAGCCGUAUCGUACUAUACGUACCCGACUAUAAUGUUGCCCGCGAUCUGAUGUUGACCUCACCACCCGAUAAUUGUUUCCAAACGUAUACAGAGGACGGCGCUGUUAUGUAUCCGCAAACCGAGGAUCAAGAUUUCAAAACAUAUGCCAACAAUAAUCGCCAAUCGGUUAAAGUAUUGGUCAAAAGUGUUGAUGAAAUGAUACAACGGUUUAGCGUUGAAAUCGACGAUUUGUGUCGUAAAGAGCGCGGCGUUCAGGAACUGGUUAAUCGAAAUCGUCAGGAAAUUACCGCUAAAAGAGAAGAAUUGUCGCGAAUUGAACAACAAAAACGUCAGACCAGACGUGAUUUAGUCGAUCAGCAGUCGGAACUUCAGCGACUGGAAUCGAUUGGCGAUUCGCCGCCAGUCAAAGUGUCAACAUUGGAGGAAUCGUUACAACAAAGCAGUCAUAAGAAAUCUGAAUUGGAUUUAUGUGUCGAAGAGACUAAGGAUGAAAAAGACAGGCUUUCGAAUCAAUAUCAAGAACUCGAUGACGAAUAUCGACUGAGAAAAACCGAAUACGAAGAUCUGUUGGCUUCACGUCAUCCGCUGAAAGAAAGUCUAGAAAAAUGCAAAAGCGAUAUCUGUACGCAUCAGACAGCUCUGAACGAGUUCCAGAAGAAGGUCGCCGAUACGGAAUCGCUGAAUACUGAAGAGGAAACUAAAUUGGCAGUCAAAGAGUCCGAAUAUGAAGUUUUCGAACGCCAAGCACUGGCCAAAACUGGUCAACCCGUACGAACUCGACGAUCAUCGAAGACCGUACAGAUCGAGAUCCGACAGUUGCAACAAUUUCUGGCCGAACAGGAGACCACUAUCGGCAAUAAGGAACAAAUCUAUCGCCAAUACAAAGAUUUGAGUCAACAGUUUCGUCGUAUCAAACAAGACUUCCACACCAUUGAAACCAAUUUGAUUCGUCUAAACGAAUCGUUGAAUUUUGCCGACGCGUUUUUUUUCACGGAUGUACUCCAACACAAGGGGUUUACCGGUUCCCUCGAUAUCUAUCAUCAAAACAAAGAAGUUAUGGUCGAACGAAAAAAAGCUAAAACAUUGGAAAUACAGGUCAAUCGGAAAGCAUCGGCGGCGGCGGAAAGCCAGAUAAUAAGUCAAUCGGCGGUUUCACAACUGUCCACUAGAAAGGCUUUUAUCGCUGCCAUAAUGUUUUCGGGUUUGUUUUUAUUGCCGAGACUAUGGCUACCGGCAAUACUACCCGAACAAUAA